UGUGUGUGUGGGUGUGUGUGUCUCAGUGUGAGAGUCGGUGUGGUGUGUGUUUACGUGAUGAAGAGGAGAAUCCCCAAGCAGGGUCUGGCGUCUCCCCCCCCCAGCAGCAGCAGCAGCGUCCAGAGGAGAGUCCACAGCCAGAGGAAGGACAGCCGGCCGUUCUCCUGGUGGCUGAAAUGGGGCUUGCUGGCUCUCUUUGUUGUCUUCAUUGUGCUUCCUUGUACAGUGAAAGUUUUACCGAAUUUGAUCCAACACUAUGUUUACGCUCACAGACUCAGGGUGCCGUUCUUUGCCGACCUCAGCCGACCGGAUGAGUUCUCCCUUAAUCACACCAUCAACAUGUACUUGACGUCCGAGGAGGGGAUUUCCCUCGGUGUAUGGUUCUCCUGGUGGCUGAAAUGGGGUUUGCUGGCUCUCUUUGUUGUCUUCAUUGUGCUUCCUUAUACUGUGAAAGUUUUACCGAAUUUGAUCCAACACUAUGUUUACGCUCACAGACUCAGGGUGCCGUUCUUUGCCGACCUCAGCCGACCGGAUGAGUUCUCCCUUAAUCACACCAUCAACAUGUACUUGACGCCCGAGGAGGGGAUUUCCCUCGGUGUAUGGCACACCGUCCCUGCCAGCCAGUGGAAAGAAGCACAGGGGAAGGACCUGGCGUGGUACCAGGACUCUCUGGGAGCUGGAGGUCCGGUUUUUAUAUAUCUUCAUGGGAACUUAGGCACAAGGUCGGCCCCUCACCGGAUGGGCGUGGCUAAAAUAUUGAGCGGCCUCGGCUACCACGUGCUGGUGCCCGACUACAGAGGUUUUGGAGACUCCACAGGAGAGCCGACCGAAGACGGCCUGACUACUGAUGCCCUCUACUUGUACAACUGGGUCAAAGCACGCAGCAGAAACAGCCUCAUCGUCAUCUGGGGACACUCCCUUGGCACAGGGGUUGCCACCAACAUGGCUGUUGAACUGGUGAAGCAAGGUGUGGUUUUGGAUGGCGUGAUCCUGGAGGGGAUAUUCAACGCCGCUCGGCAGAACAUUCCAUUUCACCCUUUUAUAUGGUACUACUGGAAGUAUCCAGGCAUUGGAUACCUCUUCAAGGAGCCAUGGGCAGAAAAUAAGGUUGUUUUUCCUACUGAAGAAAAUUUGAAACAAAUGAGAAGCCCGGUACUUUUCCUUCAUUCAGAAGACGAUCACCUUGUUCCCAUAUCGAUUCCCCAGCAGUUGCAUGAAGUAGCGGCGAGCGUUCAGGGUGCAGAGCGAGUGAAGAUGGUGACAUUCGAGGGCUCUCUGGGAUAUCUGCACAACGGUUUAUACAGAGACCCCCGACUGCCCGGCAUCAUAAAGGAGUUCGUGCAGUCGCUGGAAGGAUGAAGGAAGCAGACGACCUCGUCAAUCACACUGACAGAACCCAUUUGGUUUGAUUGAAUGAAGCAUAUGUGUGUGUGAUACAUGUGAUUUCCUGGCAUGAAUCUAGAGGCUUGAAAUCUGAAUGUACUUAAUGUCUUUUUUUUAUUUUUUUAUUUGAAGACAAGUUGUUAAAGAUGAAAAACAUCUGUGUUUUAACCUGUCACAACUGUUUCACGUUUUUAACGGAUGAUUUUAUCAUUCUUAAUCAACACAGGGAAUGUGAUUAUGAUACGACAUUAUCAGACGUCCUCUGGUGUUGCGAUGCUGCUCAUUUGCUGUUUAAUAAUGAUCGCUCAAUCUGUUCAUCCGUUCCCAGGCUUGAGGUCAGUGUGACAUUUAAUGGUGCGAUUAGAGGAAUGGCUAAAAACUCUUGUAACUUUCGUCACAAUAAGUCCGCAUAGUUGUGUAUUUGUUACGAGAAAGCACACUCAUUGGCCCAAGAGGAGUAAGAGCCCGUGGAAGAACAUACACCAUUUUUUCAAAUAAAUUUAUACUGAAAUUGUGGAAUGUGUCCUUUCAUUAUCAUUAAUAUAUUUUGAAUCAAACAACCAACGUUUAACCAGUCCAGCAGUGGGAAUAAUUAAAUUACAUGAACUCAAGUAUUCUACAAUAAUAGUAGUGUAUAGUUUCUUCUCCGUGGUAUUUUAAUAAUGCUUCUCAGUAAAAAAAAAUCCCACUGGGGAGAUUAUUUUGUGAUUAUUAUUUUUGUGAAAACAUGCAUGUGUGGGAUGAGCAGCAGAACUGAGCAUGUGAGUGGUGCACUUGAAAAACUUGCCACAGCUUUGCAAAUUCCACACAGUGUUCCUUUGCUGUUGCUGUUGAUUUUUCUUUUUAAGCUUUAUCUCUAGAGUCUGGGCCCGCAUGUUCUCCUCCGAGGCGUCCCCUCACAGAGCAGGGUUGUUCAGAGAACUUGGAGUGGAGAGGAUGGAAUACCUGCCAGCAGUCCUGACCUCAACCCCACUCAACAUCUGUGAACAUCAGC